UAAUUCCGCGGUCACACUGCUGACAAGUCAUGAUAAUUUUUUGUAAAAAAAUAGUUUUUCGCAAUGGAUGACUCGUUUUUCGGAUUCGACACAACUAUACCGGAGGACGAAGGUGGCGAUGGGCGCAUUGGCGAAGAAGAAUAUGAUGCGCUCAACGAUGAAACCUUCGGGUCUGCAAUAAAUGGAGAUUGGGAAGAAGCUCACGAAACGCUGGUUCGCCUUGGCGGAAAUGGCGACAAGGUUCGAAAGAGAGGCGGUUUCGCUGAUAGAGGUGCAUACGGAGGAUAUCCAGCCGGAGGCAAUGGCGUGCCCAGACAUGCGAACGUGCUUUCAUCGGCUCCAUCGUCGAGUGGGUCAACACCUGCGCCAUUCAAUGCGCCUUUUCCAGGCUCACGAAAUAUGGAAGACGCGGACUUAGAGCUUAAUCUGUCCUCCAUGAAGCUAGAUGAUGUGGACUUCUCCUCUUUCCUCGACAGCGAAGCGGGUAAUGUUAGCAAUCGGGUUAACUUGGACUCUGCAGUGUGGGCGUCGCCACCGUUUCCGAAUAAUCAACCGCUAUUUCGUGAAGCCAUGCGUAGUGCUUUUAAGCCGCAAACGCAGAUGAAACACCAGCAGGAGGCCAACGCAAAUUUAGCAUUACAUCAUAUGCGUCCUCAAACUGGUCCCAAAAUCUCAACCCUCGAGGAUAUAGAACGCAAUCUUAUCAUUCAGCAAGCAAUACCGAAGCAGCAACAGCAACAGCAAACAACAGAUCGAAAAGCUUUUGAUGAAUUUAGCCUGGCUAACCGGCAGCAUAUGCUGCCACCAACAACACCGCAUCAACAGCAACCUAAACCACAAAACAAGGUGCCCCCUGGAUUCAUGACAACGCCGCAAACGUCGCCACCAAGAACAAAUCUAGGUUUCCAUGGUCCCCAUCCAAUGCCCGAGAUGUUGCCAAAUCCUCAAUCGCAACAACAAAUGAAUGGUUUGGCAGGGAAUCGCGUGCCGCCUGGGUUUAUCUACCCACCAGGUUUGCCAGGAAGUAUGCCCCCACUGCAACAAUAUCCACUGCUUCAGCAACACGGUGCCUGUGCCUUGCCCCCAAACUUUCCUCUAGGCGGCAAUCAGCGUCCACUGCCAACCCCACAUCUGCCCACAGCCCUCAACAACUUUGCAAUGCAUCCGAGUUUUAAUGCAAUGCGAGCUGCUGGCUUGCAUCCGGCGGCCUUUAUGCAGCCCGCGCAUCCACUGCAGCAUCCACAGUCACGAAUGCCACCACACCCUCUGCAGGCAGCCAACAAUCUGCUCAGCCAGCAGCAAAACUCUAUGUUCAAUAUGUUUAACAUGCGCCUCGUGCAGGAGAUCCAGCAAAAUCAUCCGCUUCUUCAACAAAAUGCUGUCGUGGCGCGCCAGCUCCAGCAAAGUCGGGGAGGUUCUGUCCCCAGUGAUCAGCGUCAAAAGCAACAAAUGCAGCAGCAACAUCUGAAUCGACGUCCAGACGCAUCUGGAAACCUUCCGCAAGAUGAAUACGAUGAAUAUGCAAAUCUAAUGAGCACACGCGACAAGCACUGGCUAAUCGGUAUACAGUUGUCACAGCUGAAUACGGACACACCGUACAUUGAUGACUACUACUACACGGUCUACAGAGAGCGCAAGGCUCUGCAGAAUGGUCAGGUGCGGCAAAGUCAGGCCCACAAGGACAACCAGUUGAAUCAUCCUUUAACGCAACCCAGGGGCCAUGCACAACUCAUACUCGUUCAGUUGGGCAACAAAAACGGCACACGCAACGGGCACGGACAGCACCGCGAGCGUCGAAACUCGGAAAACACAAGCAGCAACAACACGGGUGGUAGCACAAAUAAUGCAGCAAGUGGCAGUGGAGGGAACAACAACACUUUAUCGGGGUACAUUUUCUCGCCCCUGAAGUUUGAGAACUCGCUUGGUAAACUGCAAUAUGGCAGCGUGACAGCCCCACGUAAAAUUAUAGACGCGGACAUAAUGGGCGGCGAGGCCAGCCCCGGGGAUGUGCCAGGAAACUCGGCAUCUUCAUCAGUAAGCACAAUGAGCGGGAUAAACGCAAACUCUAACGCAGGGACACCGCUUCUACCAAGUGCAAACUGUGAUGUCACACCCAGUAGUAUGCGCAAAUCGCGACAUAUUUUGUUGCUGAUAGAGACUCUGUACCGCUAUCUGCUGAAACUUGAGGACCUGGAAAACACGGACGUUAUGGCCACGAUCGUUUUGAAGAAAAAGAAGGAGGCCGAAAGAAUUGCGGCUCUGGAGCAGCUUGAGAUGGCAAACAAAACACCUGAGGAGCGGGCUGCGGAUGCAUCUAACCCACAAAGUCUCAAUCCACAGCUGAAGAAUAAAUUCAACUACGAAAUUGAGACGACUGAUGCGCUGGUGCACAAACUAAAGGCAGGCUUGACUUUCGACAAGGUCGUAGCUAUGAUGAAUGUUCGCAAGGGCAAGAUACUUUUACGUCGCGUUAUGCCGUUUAUUUCUGAGCAUAGUAUAUGCUGGACAGUGUGGAGCGGAGUCUUCUGCUCGCUACAGACUGUUAUAAAGAAGGACAAAGACGAUAUUGAGGGUAUCCUCUACGCUUUGUAUCCAGAAUUCAAAAAGCACAUCAGCAAAGCCAGCUUUGAAACUGUUGUCACAAUUUCAGCGGCAAUCACACUGAAUGAUAAUAAGCUAACGGGAAUUUUCUGCAGUCGCUUUGGGAUCCUAUCGCUUGUUGCCUUGAUACUUCGUGCCGAAGAAAUAUACGUGUCCAGAGUGGACCAAACGCUUAGCGACACGAAUAGGCAGAAAUGGCGGGAGUUUCUUGCACAGGUAGCGUCCUGCCUCACCCGAACCAUACAGAAUCAGACCAUCUCCGCAGCAAUUGAGUCAGAUGCGAUUCAACCGCUAAUGGACCAUUUUGAACAUUUCAAAGACCUAAAACUCGAUGCCCUGCUGGCAUUGAUAACAGAGGCCAGGCAUCAAAUCGAUUAAUUGUCACGUCUUAAUUUUUUCAGAAGUUUAUGCUUUACUCAAUUAUGCAUAUGUUUGCAAACAAUUAUGUAUCCAAUACUUACAUAUGUAUGUACAAUCGUGUUUACUUUUAUGAUACUAUACAAAGCGAAAACAACAAGAAUAUUGCUACAGGGUAUGUCAAAUCUCUCGUCGAAAAUGGGCACGUACUCAACCGUCAAUAAACUUUGAAUUGAUAAUAGCCUCUUGGAUUCCAAAAAUUCUUUAAUUAAAAUUUGUGUGCACUGUAUAAGAGAGAAAAA